CCAGGGCUUUUGUGCUCCGAAGCUGUGGAGCACGGGCCUAGUUGCUUUGAGGCACAGGAUCUUCCAGGACCAGGGGUCGAACCUGUGUCCCCUGCCACGCGCAUGGGCAAGCAGAUUCCAUCCGCUGGACCACUAGAGAAGUCCUGGCAUACGUGUUCAUUUCUCUUGGUUAUAUGCCUAGGGUUGGAACUGCUGGGUCACGUGGUAACUUUGUAUUCAAGCAAUUCAAAAAAAUCCCUCUUACUUCCUGGUGAGAGUGGAGGAGGCAGCAGGGAGACCCUCAGAUGAGCGGGAGAGAGGAGUGUUGGUGACCCAUCACGGUGAUGCCAGGGAGGCCCUGGAGGAGGUUGCAUUGUGGGCAUAUCUUGGCAUUUGAGCCAACCAGCUUGCCUGCCUUAACGGAUGAGGUGGUGUGAGAGAAGUGCUUGUUUGCCUCUCUUUUUGUGUGAACUGUACCUGUUCUUUGCCCUUUUUUCUGCUGGGUUGUUGGCGGGUUUCUUGAAGCUUUGUCAGAUAAGAGCUGUCUGUUGAUAAGAGUUGAAAAAAUUUUCCAGUUACUAUGAUUUUCAUUUUGCUUACAGUGUUUUUGCCAUAUUGAAAUUCUUUGUAGUGAAAUUUAACGUCAUUUCUGACUUUUGGGUUUUGUCCUAGUUAGAAAGGCCCUCCCAACUCUAACAAUACAAGGAAUUCAGUUGUAAUUUAUUCUGGUACUAAUACAUCAUGUUUUGCUUUUACAUGUAAAACAUUGGAGUUGCUCCUGGCGUAUGGUGUACGGUGUCGAUCCAAACUGAUCUCUCUCUACCUGCCACAAGGAAGCUUGUGCGUGUGACAGUUUUGUCCUCGUCCCUACGUUCACUGGAAAGCAAGCCUCCGGAGGACGGACCCUUCUUUAUUUGCUCGGUUCACAUUGAGAUCCACUGAAGACCUUCCGCGGACUGACGGGCGUGUCCUGGGGCUCAGGGUGUCAGAGACACAGCAUGAGGGACAGACGCACGCCUCUCUGCACCCACCUUGCGGAGGAGCAGGGAGCGGGCGCCGCCUCGGACAGAGCCUCGUGCAGAGAACUGUGGAGCGAGAGAAGGCAGGAGGCGAGCCCUGGCCCAGCAGAUGCCGCUUCCUGGGCGAGGAGGCCUGCGGUCGAUGCCCGGGGAGAUCCAGGAAAGGAGGAGUCAUCACUGGAAACAAAGCGUGACCCGCGUGGCGCCAGCCCCUCGCCUCGCAGUGGCCUCGAAGCGCUUCCGCGGUGGCAAGCAGCAGUACGGAGAAACUCGGCCUCAGCGGCUGCGCAGAGCAACCCUGCGGGUCUGCCCUCGGCUCCGGCAGGGGAGCGGAGUGCCGGGCUGGCCCGCGGCGUCGGGGAGGCUCCGGGCACGGACUGGCCGCGGGCAGUGCCCAGGCCCCCUGGCGGCCACGGAGGAUGGAGCCUCGGCAGAGAGCCCCGGGGGUCAGGACUGCUGGGCCGGCAGAGAGGGUCCGCAAAGGGGGUUUCUGAGUUUGACCCGCCCCGUGCUCUCCUGGAGAAGCUGGACUCUGCGUCGGCGCCCUCUUGCCUGCGAUCCAUCCUGCUGCAUGCUCUUCCCCUAAUAUUCUUGAAUGAUGAGACGAAAAGUGUUUUCCCUGGCCGUUCAGGGCCCAUGUUUUCAGAGCCAAGAGUAGAAUACAAGAAAAUGCUUUCAUGGGAAAAAAGUACCUCAGAUGAUCUGCAGAUAACAGUGGCGUCACUGGCUGCACAAGCUUUUGAAUGAGCAAAUCUGUUAUGCCGUGGUUAAGGUACAGGCAGACCAAUAAAAAUAGUGAGACUAAGCGCUGUCCUUGAAUGCUUUCUUUUGUGUAAACUCUGGACGCACAUGGCGCGGCAGUGAAGCUCCGGCUUUGAUUCGUGUGACCAGACAGACUUAAAGUCAGUGGAACUUGAACCCACAGAAAGCUGGUUGAUACAGAAGGCAGUCUCUGUACUUGAAAGACAUUUAGGCUUGGGAAGCCAUGUCAAGGAGGUUAUUGACAUUACCUUACACAGCUAUCAGAUGAGAAUCGAAAGCUGUAACAGCAAGCUUUGAGUUUACCUUCAGCACCAUCUGGCAGGGCCGCCGUCCCAGGCACUCCCUCUCCAGCCUGUUCUCUGACGAGAGUAGAUAUUUGUAAAAGUCAACCCUGCUGGGCUUGGUCUGAGCCAAGCCAAGUUGAUGGUAAGCUGUUGUCAUUUCUGCGUUUUGUAGAAUAAUUUGAGCAAAAGCUGAUAUCAUUUCUCACACCCCUUUCCUUCCACUUGACAUGCAUUUUACAUGGAGGCCCUACGGUGAAAGUUGCAAUAUUGACAUUACCUUUAGAUAACCCUCCCUCAAACUAGGAACCCUAGCAGUGUUAACCCAAAAUAAAAAAUGAGCUUGAGCCUGUCUGCCGGAGCGCAGUCAUAGGGGGGGUAAAAAAAAAGCAAGUAUUUCCCCUUACGGAAGAUGGCCAGCUCCUAGGAGUUGAGGUGUCUCCUGCACUAACCUUUUUCUGCGCUGACCCCUUUUGUCGUGUGCUGGUAAUUCGAUGAAACGCCCUGAAGAGCAGUUUUUAAGGAGACCAAAGGAAGACGCCCCAUUUCCGGAGGUAUUGAUUGCAUUUAUCAGUUUAUAUCGCGUGCUAAAUUACCAUGCUGUGUGCUAUUUUAGUGUUCUGGGGAAAUGAAAAAUAAAACCUGUUCUUUAGCAUAAUAAAUACCUUAUUUUACGUGUGUA